UACAACCAUGCCUUCUUUGAUAUCAUUUCGUCUCUCUCUUUUCCUUUUGCCUGCUUCUCUUGUGAAGGCUGUGGAUAGGUUUUCCCUUGACAUUUCUUUUUCUUCGGAACCCGAGGAUGGCAAGAGAACCAUCCAAUGCAUUAAUAACGAUCUUCAUUGUCAUGCACACCUUUGGUUGGACAGGAUCGUCACUCAUCCUAUUGACUGUUCUCUGCUCGACCAAGGUUUCCCGAUGUCUGACGUGGUUCAACCUGAACUUCAGUUGGAUAGUAGCUUGCCUUUCCUUUUCCCUCUUAUUUAUCACGGGUCAGUUGGGGAAGUCCAGCCCGGAUGCGGGUGUUUGUCUGAUGCAAGCAUCGGCUGUGAGCGCGGCUCCGACUUUGACAGCCGGAGCGACAUUGGCCUUUGUCAUUUUUCUAUUUUUUGAGCUGAGGAGCAGGGGAAUCGAAGGGGCGACUUUCAGCAUCUUGCUGAUAUCUCUGCCUUAUCUAUUCCCCACCAUCAUUUUUAGCCUUGCCCUAGUCCACGGUAUUCGUCACCCCCGAUCAGUAAUUCUCUCUGAAAGCAAGAUGUUUUGUACCAUCGACUAUCGUAUUCUUGACAAAGCAGCGACUAUCUUCACAUGCACAAUCAUGCUUCCAACGCUCACACUCAAUAUCGUCAUCGGCUUCUUAGUGCAACAAUACUGGCGUAUUUUACCUCGCGAUAAGCGCAAUGGCGUGCUAUCUUCUUGCGUUCGGCUUGCCAUAUUCACCGUGUUUAGUCUUGUAGGCGUAGUAAUCAACGUCAUGUUCCUCACGGGAUUGGAUUGGGGCGCUUGGAGUGGCUUACCGAAUCUACUGAUCUCUCUCGCAUCAGUUUCAUACGUUGCCGUCUUUGGUUCACAAAGGGAUCUAUUGGAGGUUUGGUUUCCAUGUAUACGUAACCACAAGGACAACAAAGUCGUUGAGCCACCCCCAUCAACAACUUCCUGGGUGCAGCUAAUUCCAACCAACUUUGUUCACGGUCAUAAUGUCCCGGUGUGAAAAGCUGAGACACGAGCUAACAAGACGACAUCAUUCUCUAUGCAGUUUGUUUUAGUAUAAUUGUACAGUAUUUACAGGUGAUGUGUUUGUAUUAGUGUCUGUAUUACAAAGCGAUAAGGACAGAUAAAUCAAUGAUAGAUCAUCAUGAGAGAAAAUCAAUGGGAUCCGGUUCGUC